AUGUCGGGCUGCUCGCUCGUGGCCGCUGGAUUGCCAUCUUUUAUAGGGACGGCAGUUCCAACCUUCAGCUAUGACCAUUUAAAACAUACAGCAGGCGAAUAUUUCGGCAUUCAAAUGACUUACAUGUCUGGCGCAUCAACAUGUUUCGCUGGAACAAAGCCUACCUUCACGCCUGUCAUCUCGAACACCUUAGCACAAUUCACUCGGACUUGUUCAUACGCUACCUCCGGCAUCCCUGCAACCUACACCAGUAUCAUCUGUAGUAGUGCCGCUCUAAGCAACUUCCCGAACACUGGUGCUUUGACCAUCAACAAUGUUAUUGGCGGUUUACUGCCACCUCCCCUUCCUCGCGCGUUUACAGCCACAUUCGGUACAUCGCCCGCGCCCGCUACUGUCGCCACCACAACGGCUUCUGUCACUACAACGACAACGCAAACGGUCCUUGCACCUGGCGGUGCAGUUAUAGCUACGACAACCGUCUUUACUCCUACCGGAACAACUACACAGACACAGGUCGUUAGCAGUGUUGCACUGUCCACAAGUACCGUCAGCGCUUGUCCAACGAUAUCGUCCCUUCCGGUAGUGUCAUCUCUACCGCUCGUGUCGUCUCUCCCGUUGGUAUCAUCCCUACCGUUGGUAUCACCCCUACCGUUGGUAUCAUCGCUACCUUUGGUAUCAUCGCUGCCUUUGGUAUCAUCGCUGCCUUUGGUAUCAUCGCUACCUUUAAUAUCCUCCUUGCCACUGGUAUCCUCCUUGCCACUGGUAUCCUCUUUGCCACUGGUAUCCUCUUUGCCACUGGUAUCCUCUUUGCCAUUGAAUACAGUUCCGCUACCCGAAGUUACAUCGAUUCUACCAGCUCCGCUUCCCGGGGUCUCAUCUCUUUUAUCAGCUCCGUUGCCUGGUAUCACAUCCAUUCUCUCAGCUCCACUUCCCGGAGUCUCCUCUAUCAUCCCUGGAGAUCCUCUGGCUUCUCUACCUGGGGUCUCACCUAUUCUCUCAGCCCCGCUUCCAGGCGGGUCUCGUCAAUUAUAUCAUGUAUCCUUACCACUGUCUUCCAUUCCCCUUGGUACAGCUCUAUCAUCACUAUCAGGUGCACUACCUACAUCCAUUAUAUCGGUCCCUAGCUCAAUUGGGCCCUUACCAGUUCCAACCUCUAUCGUAUCCAUUCCAAGCUCGAUUGGUCCCCUUCCAAUCCCGACUUCUAUUCUCUCGAUCCCGGGUUCGAUCGCUUGUGCUGCCAAUUCUUUGUGCCAGGCGGUUUCCUAUCUGCCUAACGGCCCAUGUUAUCUAAAAUACGGAAUUGGACAGCCUUAUGUUAACCCGACUGUUUGGGGAGCUAGGCUUGCAAGUGUGCCAGUUCCAUCUGCAUUGCUACCCCCAAUUGUCCCACCAGCUCAGUCUACCGGAAGCAUUGUUCGUACUACAACGGCCCCAGGUUCUGAUGGAGGAACAACAAACACUAACCCGACGGCUCCUGGCUCUGUUGGUGGAACGUUGAGCACCAACCCAACAGCCCCAGGCUCUACUGUGGCGACUCUAAGCACCAUCCGUACCACAACUACUUCAGGAGUCGGUCCGACAUCCAGCGCGGUAUCUUGUCCCGCUUCCAAUCUAUCAACCGUGAUUGUUGGCGGACGACAAUACCUAAUCACCUGCGGCAUUGAUUAUUUCAACAACGACAUAUCGUCUCCAUUGUCCCCUACAUUCCCCAAGUCGUACGAGAGCUGCUUGGCUGAUUGUUCAUCCACCCCUAGCUGUACUGCAGUUGCCUACGUCAAAGGCGGUCCUUGCUACUUGAAGACUGGCGCUGGCAGUGGCUUCAAAAUUGACAGCACAAUCAUUGGUGCCAAGCUGAUCAGAGUCUUACCUACUUCCACAUCCGCUACGUCUGCCACGUCCGCUCCAUCCGGAACAACUGUGACUGUGACCACGACAAUCUCUAAUGCCGGUUACCAGUGCGCCUGCACUCCUACUUCGUUCCCCAAGCCCACCUCCGUUACGUGCCCUGCAGAUAACGGCAGCACAUAUACCACCACUUGCGGAGCUAAAUACGCUGUAGAGUGUGCUCAGGACCGCUACGGCAACGAUAUCCCCGGUGGACUUUUCUUUGUAGACAGCUACGAAAGCUGCCUUGAGAAAUGUGAUCAGACGCCAGGCUGCGUUGCUAUAUCCUUUGUCAUGCGACCUCCUGGCGUCCAGAGCCCUUGCUACACGAAGGACUCUGCAGGACCUAUCCGUCUGAACCCUGAGGUUAACGGUAGCAGCAAGAUCUCCGGGUGCACAAGACUCAAGCUGCGACGCAAGCGUGUUGUAAAGCCCGCGCCAAAGAAACAGCUUGAUAAGCGUGUAUUAUUCUUGGGUCCUGACUUCACUUUCACCCAGCCCCAUGUUACUGCCACGCAAACUUCCACAGUGGGCUCGACCGUUUUGACGUCAGAAUUCCCCGCCCCUUCU